AUGGUCAGAGGAUUGCCUGCAAAGGUCAUUGUGAGAGGGCUGCCUCCUAAAUUAAGUGCUGAUGAUUUCAUCAGAAUUGUUGACCCGCUACCCUCUCACACCUACUUUAGGUUUUGCGGUGCUGAUGACUCAUUGGGUGGUCUGGGGCUGACGCGGGUUUACAUUACAUUCAACGACAUAGAUUCUCUAUUUGAUUUCAAAGAAAGGUUUGAUGGCUACAUUUUUUUGGAUUGCGAGGGAAAUGAGUCCUCUGCACUUAUAGAGUUUGCCGUUUGCCAAGCAUUGGCAAGUGCUAAAGGCUCUUCAGACGAUAAUAAGGGAGAGAAAGUGGACAAAAAACAGGGUUCCUUGUUGAAAGACUCAGCAUAUUUGAAGUUUAUGAACUCGCAAUCUGCUGAAGUUUGUGCCGAAAUAUCAGAAUCAGAGUCUAAAAAAACUCCCUGGGAAUCCAUUUUAGAUGAUCUCCAAAACAAGGAAGCGAACGCUCUUCAGACACAAACUGUCACACCACUUUUAACCUACCUAAAUAACCGUGGUGGAGAUAUUAGACGUAAAGAUGAAGAAUCAUCACGUCACAGGCAGUUUAGACAAGGUAACGCAUCUGUCAUCAAGAAAACACCAAAAGGAGACAAAUCUGUACGAAGUCAUCCAUCAGUUAGACGACCUCAUGAAUUAAAACGUAUUUCUUCUGAUCGCAUUUGCGAGGUUUCAAACAAAGAAAACCCUCAACAUAAUAGCACGGAAGAUUUAACGAGAGUUGAUCCAAAAAUGCAAAAGAAUAAGAAUUCAGAAAAGUUGAUCACAUUGGAUGCAAAUGAAUUCCCUGCUAUGCAAAGUUCCUGUGAGUUCUAUUAUUACUUUUUAAAAAAAAUUUUGUUUAAAAAUUCAUCUGGUCACAACAUCAAAGUGGUCGCAAUGUUUAUUAGUAAACAAUCAUUCCAAGUGAUAUUAAGUCCUUGUGAUGGUUUUUGA